GCUGCGCGGUUGUUGCUGAUUGGUCGGGAGGCCGCUGGCGAGGCGGAGGGGGCGGGGCGAGGGGCCGCUUCCGGUUAGGCGGUGCUGGCGCGCGCGAGCGGAGCCGGUGGGUGAGCGGCGGCUGCGGCACCUUGGGCUCCGGUGCUAGCAGGCAAGAUCUGAUUACCAUGGACCUGCGACAGUUUCUUAUGUGCCUGUUCCUGUGCACAGUCUUUGCCUUGAGCAAGCCCACAGAAAAGAAGGACCGUGUCCAUCAUGAGCCUCAGCUCAGCGACAAGGUUCACAAUGAUGCUCAGAGUUUUGAUUAUGACCAUGAUGCCUUCUUGGGUGCUGAAGAAGCAAAGACCUUUGAUCAGCUGACACCAGAAGAGAGCAAGGAAAGACUUGGAAAGAUUGUAAGUAAAAUAGAUGGCGACAAGGACGGGUUUGUCACUGUGGAUGAACUCAAAGACUGGAUUAAAUUUGCACAAAAGCGCUGGAUUUACGAGGAUGUAGAGCGACAGUGGAAGGGGCAUGACCUCAAUGAGGACGGCCUCGUUUCCUGGGAGGAAUAUAAAAAUGCCACCUACGGCUACGUCUUAGAUGACCCAGACCCUGAUGAUGGAUUUAACUAUAAACAGAUGAUGGUUAGAGAUGAACGGAGAUUUAAAAUGGCAGACAAAGAUGGAGACCUCAUUGCCACAAAGGAGGAAUUCACAGCUUUCCUGCACCCUGAGGAGUAUGAUUACAUGAAAGAUAUAGUAGUACAGGAAACAAUGGAGGAUAUAGAUAAGAAUGCUGAUGGGUUCAUUGAUCUAGAAGAGUAUAUUGGUGACAUGUACAGCCAUGAUGGAAAGGCUGAUGAACCAGAAUGGGUAAAGACAGAGAGAGAACAAUUUGUUGAGUUUCGAGAUAAGAACCGAGACGGGAAGAUGGACAAGGAAGAGACCAAAGAUUGGAUUCUCCCAUCAGACUAUGAUCAUGCAGAAGCAGAAGCCAGGCACCUAGUCUAUGAGUCAGACCAAAAUAAGGAUGGCAAGCUUACCAAGGAGGAGAUUGUUGACAAGUAUGAUUUAUUUGUGGGCAGCCAGGCCACAGAUUUUGGUGAGGCCUUAGUACGACAUGAUGAAUUCUGAGCUGCAGACAGAGGAACCCACGUUUCUUCAAAAAUAAUUUAUUUUUACAGCUUCUGGUUUCACAUGAAAUUGUUUGCGCUACUGAGACUGUUAUUACAAACUUUUUAAGACGUGAAAAAACAUAAUGAAAACCAUCCCGUCCCCAUUCCUUCUCCUCGCUGAGGGACAGGAGGAAAACUGCUUCUGAGGAACAACUAAUUAGUACACUUGUGUUUGUAGAUUUACACUUUGUAUUAUGUAUAACAUGGUGUUUUAUUUUUGUAUUUGUUCUUUGAUUGGGAGUAUGAUAUGCAGGAUUAAGAUCCUCAACUCAUAGGCAAAAAUUAGCCCUUCACUCUUUCUCAACCCUUACCAUGUAAUUUUUGUAAUUCUGACUUAAUUACUUUUUUAAGCCUGAAAUCAUUAAGAAAUGUUUGGAAGAGAGGAAAAGAGAAAAAAAUAUAUACCCCACUCUUUAUAUUUAGAAAAAUGAUAAUCUUGCCUAUUGAAAUGAGUAUUUCAUCAGUAGCAGGGGCCAUAUAUUUUAUUCAGUUCAGCAACUGAUCGUGGCAUUAUCUAGGCAAGGACAGAGCCCUGUGCUUUAAGAAAGCUUGGCUCAACUUGAUUUUAUUCAUCCUUUUUUUAAUUCCCUGUAGGACUAGCUGUUUGCUAAUUUUGUCAAGCACAGCUGUGGUCGGAAGCGUUAGGGCCAGUGUCCUGAAAAUCAAGUAUUGAAUGUGAUCUUUUUACAGAGCUAUACAUAGAAACAACUGGAAAACUAAAGGAAAAAUACAAGUGUUUUCAGGGCACACCAUUUUUUCUGGGUGUGUGUCUGCUGAAGUGCUCAGGACUGCCUUGCCUGUUGAAUCACUGUAAGUGCCCCAUUUGGCUCCUAUUCCCCAGAUGUUCCCAGGAACUAAUUUUGCUUUCACUGCGGUUAAAUUGUGCUUCUUUCCAAUCAUGUCAUUGAAAGUGCCUUUAACAAGAGAAAUGAUGACUGAAUGAGGACUUUCUUAAGAAACCCUAAGAUAAAGAGAAGUUGUUUUGGACCACCUUUUAUGAAAGCUUAGAGCCUCCCAAUGUAGUGGGGAUUUUUUUUUUUUUUCUUCUCUUUCAGACAGUGAUUAAAUAGCAGUAUUAGUGUUGCAGUGUUUUUAUUUUGUGGGCCGGUUUCUAAAAACCACAUGCUGCUGAAUUUACCAGGGAUCCUCAUACCUCAGAAUGCUAACCACUUAUAUUCCCAGGCCGUGUCUGUGUCAACUAGAGAGCUUGAGUCAGACUCGAAGCUGAGAGGCCUGCAGAGAGGGCUCUUUGGUUUGAGGACCGUUGCUUACCCUUCCUGCCUCUGACCCAUCACUCCCUAUCCCCCCACCACCCCUGCCAAACGAAAAGCUUAUCUUGGAUCAACAGAUUGCCAGUCUUUAUCAAAGAGAGAGACCUUGUAGAAAGAGCUGAAGAAACCGGCCCCUGUUCCCAACUCACUCCACCCCUGUUUUACAUAACACAAGCUGUCUUUUUGGUCCCUUCGUACAGAUGGACCUCUUUUGAGAGAAUUUAUUGUAUUCCAAGUUUUUAGCCCUCAGGUUACUAAGAAAAUAUAUAUAACUAACCUUUAUUAUUUCAUAUAUCUUUCUGGAUAAUAUUUGGGUGGUGCUGGGUGAUUAUUAUAACCUGAACUUAGGUGUAUCCUUCGGUCUUCCAUGAUCAUGUUGAGGUGGGCUACUUGGCCUGGUGAAAAGCCAGAUAUCAUGUAACUUCACCCCAGCCUUUGCAUUGAGCUCUUGAGAGUGGAUAUACUCUUUUAAGUCUAAUCCCCAUAUAAGGGGCAUGGAAAUUCUCUGCCUUCCAGAUACCCCAUUUUUAUUGUUAAGAAGACCAGAGAUAACUAAAAUCCCACCAACCCUGGCUUCGUUAGAGCAUAUCAGGACUGGCAGGGGAGCCUCGCAGCUCACAGGGCAGAGAACCCAGGCCUUGUGUUACAGUCACACUUAGAAAGCAAACCUUCAUCUGCUGAGACAGCGACUGCUGGGUGCUCAGCAGCAAGCAUUGUACUCGAAUCUCGAAUGACCCCCCUGGAUUAUGUUUUUGGUUUAAAUCAAGCCUGGGGCUGGUGGACAGUCGCUACACACCCAUAUUGUGUGUCCUGUGAAUGCUAGCUCUCUUGAAUUUGGAUGUUGGUUAUUUUUUAUAGAGUGUAAACCAAGUUUUAUAUUCUAUAAUGCAAACAGGUACCUAUCUGUUUCUAAAUAAAACUGUUUACAUUC